AUGGCGCUGCAUGUGUUGUCCGUCCUCGCCGUGCUGCUCAGUGGCCUUGCAGCCAGGGCGGAUCCCAAACCUCAUAUCAUCAUGAUUCUUCAGGAUGAUCUGGCCGUGGACGCCAUUGCCAAUCACGACGCCGAGACCCCCUUGUUCAUGUAUCUGGCUUGGCAAGCAGUGCAUACCCCCUAUGACCCAGUCCCCGAUUGGGACGACCGCUAUUGCUAUGGCUACUCGGAACAGGGCAUGUGGGAUAAUACCCUUAUUGUCUAUUCUUCGGAUAAUGGUGGCGUCGAGGACGGCAUCAACUACCCAUUGCGUGGCGAAAAACACAGCAACUGGCAAGGCGGCAUGCAUGUCGCCUCUUUUGUCUCUGGCGGCUUGGUACCCGCCAAUCUUCGCGGCUCGGAGAGUUUUGUCAACGUCCACAUUGCUGAUUGGUACCCCACCUUUGCCAAGCUGGCUGGCCAAGACCCGGCGGAUGAUCCCCCAGUGGCGCCGCUUCCCGUUGACCUCCAAGACGUGAUCAAGUUGCUGGUGGCGCAAAACAAUUUUAAGACGCAAAACAACGGCUGGAAGGUAGGCCGUGCUCUGUUGGCACUCGUAGCUGCAACAUGCUCACCAUCAAACCCUCCACCACGUUUGAUGACUUUGCGCAACAGUAUCCAAAUGGGUCCUGGAUCGCGUCGGAUGACGCUCUGUGGCCCUGUAAUCAGCAAGACGGACCGUUGGAUCAGGUCCUACCCGGUGUACCAGGCCAACCACCUUGCCUUUUCAACGUGA